CUUCACUUGCUCUCUACGUGUAGCUAUAGUCUUUGUUCAUUAUGUUGCCCCACACGUGACAUUGUCAUCUCUACCCAGAACAACCACCUAGGAACACGCACGUUCGGAUUGCAAGUCAAAAGAUGCUCGACUCCAACAGAAGAUAGCACCCCGCCAUGUCAUUUACCUCUCCUUUCGCCAAGUCCACGUCGAAACCCGGCCAUGGCUCCAUCAUUGUCGAGAUUCUUCCACCAAACACGCCGGUACUCAAGACUGUCUCUUACCAGUACCCUUUGAAGUUGAUCGCUCCAGAUCCUCUACCCCCACCAAACUACUCUGGGGAAACAGACACGCCUCGGCUUAUCCACAUAGUAUUUCUGUUGACCUAUGGGGGCGGUAUCGUCGCUGGAGACAGCAUAGAUUUGGACGUGCAUCUGGACCAUAAGACCCGGCUCCUGCUUCUUACCCAAGGCUCGACUAAAAUCUUCAAGACGGACGAUCCGCAAGUAGUCUCUCACCAGCGCAUGAACGUUCACCUGAAGCAUGGUGCCGCGUUGAUGUACCUGCCGGACCCGGUGCAGCCCUUCGCGCACACAGCAUUCUCACAAUCGCAAAUCUACCAUCUGGACCAAGGCCAAGGUAGCUUAUGCGUCUGCGAUUGGGUGACCAGUGGCCGCUCAGCAAGAGGCGAGAACUGGGACAUCUAUGAGUACAAGAGUCGGAAUGAAGUGUGGACUACAGAGGCCUCGGGUAAGAAGAGGCUGCUGCUCAGAGAUAACCUGAUUCUGGAUAAGCACGGACGAACAGACAUGCGCCUCUCUUCUCGCAUGGACAGGUUCUCCGUCUUUGGCACGCUCAUCGUCAGGGGGCCUGUCUUUGCAUCGCUGGCGAAGUUUUUCUUGGACGAGUUUGAGGCGCUUCCGCGCAUUGGUGGCAGGAAUUGGGGCGAUGCGGUGCAAGCGGAGCCGUCCAGCAAGGAACAACGACGUACGGAAAGGCAGAGCAGAGAAACCAAGGAUGGUGUUGUUUGGAGCGCUGCAAAUGUACGCGACUUUGUGCUGGUCAAGUUCGCGAGCAUGGAGGUAGAGGGUUCGCGGAAUUGGCUGCGGGCUAUGAUCCAGGAGGAGGGGUCUGUGUUGGAUGCAUUUGGAGAGCGAGCGCUGCUGUGUCUGAAAUAGACA